UUGUAAGGAUUCGCUGAGUUAUGUCAGCGGUGGCAAGUUUUCCUCAGUCGCGGUCGGGCACUUACGUACCUCCGGAACGAGGAAAAAUCUCCGAGACUUUUUGAAGAAUGGUGGAUUCCUAUGAACCACCAAACGCCGCUAAUGUUACCGUCCGGCCGAAGUCUCCUGGAGCGUUGGAAAUUCAUCGAGGCUACGGGAAAUAAUAGAAGCGAUUUUUCAAACGAAUAAAUCCACAGAUGCCCCCGCCCGUAUUUCCGGGACAAUAACGCGAUUGAAUAAUCAUGAACCAGUCGGAAUCGCAGCAAAAUUUGUUGAGCAACGAGGCUCGUGCACCAUCGACCCAAACCCUCAGUCCCCCGGCAGACUAUGCGCUUGGCCCAGUUGAGAAGCACUUCCUUCUAAGCGCCGAACGAGGUGAUUGUGCCACUGUCAAAAGAUUGUUGGAAGAGCACAAGGGCCAUCCUGAAAUUUUGGAUAUCAAUUGCGUCGACCCUCUAAACAGAUCCGCUCUCAUAGCUGCCAUUGAAAAUGAGAAUAUCGAGCUCAUCAAUAUUCUCCUCGAACUUGGGAUUCUGGUUAAGGAUUCACUUCUACACGCUAUCAAAGAGGAGUAUGUCGAGGCCGUUGAAAUCCUCCUCGAGUGGGAGGAAAAAAAUCAUCAGCCGGGCCAACCUUACAGCUGGGAAGCUGUCGAUAGAUCUUCAUCGAAUUUCACUCCGGACAUAACGCCCCUCAUUCUAGCUGCUCACAAAAACAAUUAUGAGAUCCUCAAGAUACUGCUCGAUCGGGGCGCCACCUUACCUUCACCUCACGACGCCAGAUGCGGCUGCGACGAGUGCGUCACCUCGAGCAGUCAGGACUCCCUGCGUCAUUCCCAAGCGAGAAUAAACGCUUACCGAGCCCUAACUUCGUCGUCGCUGAUAGCCCUUUCGUCGAGGGACCCUCUUCUCACGGCCUUCGAAUUGUCCUGGGAGCUCCGGAGACUGAGUAAAAUGGAGCAGGAAUUUCGUUCCGAGUACAACGAAAUGCGAGAAUUGACUCAGCUGUUCGCCACCUCGCUGCUGGACCACGCCCGAACUUCCUACGAGCUCGAAGUCAUGCUCAAUUAUAAUCCUGAAACAGCGGAUAAUUGGGAACCGGGCGAGAGGCAAACGCUCGACAGACUCAAACUCGCGAUAAAGUACAAGCAAAAGCAGUUCGUCGCUCAUCCGAACGUGCAGCAAUUGCUCGCAGCUAUUUGGUACGACGGUUUGCCCGGUUUCCGGAGAUUGAGCAUGGUCGGCCAGUUGAUAGAAGUGGGGAAAUUGGGCGCCAUGUUUCCGGUUUACAGCUCGAUUUACAUGCUCUCGCCGACCUCCAAAAUGGGUCUCUUCAUGAAGAAACCUUUCGUCAAGUUCAUCUGUCACUCCUCAUCCUACGCUUUCUUUCUCAUGCUGCUGGGAAUGGCGUCACAACGCAUCGAAUAUCUCGUCAUUGAACUCUUCGGCAAUGCCUGGAUGAGGGAAAUCCUUGCUGGCUGGAAGAGAAGAGAACGGGGCUGCAUCCCAGGCUUCGUCGAGUCUGGAGUCAUCAUUUACAUCAUCAGUUUGGUAACCGGGGAAAUACGAUCUUUAUGGGCGGACGGUUUGCUCGAGUACGUGUCCGACUUGUGGAACAUCGUCGACUUCAUACAGAAUACUUUUUACGUAAUUUGGGUAAUGAUGAGACUGACUGCGUGGUACGUCGUGCAGAGGGAAUAUUGGAGUGGCGAGGAUCCUUGGUAUCCGAGGGAUCAGUGGGACGCUUUUGAUCCCAUGCUGCUCUCCGAAGGAGCAUUCGCAGCAGGCAUGAUAUUCAGUUUCCUGAAACUCGUGCACAUAUUCAGCGUCAAUCCCCAUCUCGGUCCACUUCAGAUAUCCCUGGGAAGAAUGAUCAUCGACAUCAUCAAAUUCUUCUUCAUUUACACUCUCGUGUUGUUCGCCUUCGGCUGCGGGAUGAAUCAACUAAUGUGGUACUACGCUGACCUUGAGAAAAUGAAGUGUUAUCACAUGCCGAGCGGUUUACCGGACUUCGACAAUCAGGAGAAAGCCUGCUCGAUAUGGAGACGCUUCGCCAACCUCUUCGAGACCUCUCAGUCCCUCUUUUGGGCGAGCUUCGGCAUGGUUGACCUCAUGUCCUUCGACCUCACCGGGAUCAAAAGCUUCACGAGGUUUUGGGCUCUUCUUAUGUUCGGCUCGUACUCCGUAAUCAACAUUAUCGUGCUGCUUAACAUGCUCAUCGCUAUGAUGUCCAAUUCUUAUCAAAUAAUUUCGGAAAGAGCCGACACCGAGUGGAAAUUCGCGAGGAGUCAUCUGUGGAUGAGUUACUUCGAGGACGGCGACACUGUUCCACCUCCCUUCAAUAUGAUACCGACGGCUAAAACUUUUGACAAAAUCUUAAAGUGUGGCAACACCGGAAAACCAACGAAAUCAUUGAUCAAAAAAUCGCGAGAGAAAGCGAAGGAGAGGCACGACACGGUGAUGCGUCUCCUGGUGCGACGUUACGUAACGGCGGAGCAGAGGAAGCGAGACGAUUUUGGAAUAACGGAGGACGACGUGAUGGAAAUUCGGCAGGAUAUCUCGACUCUGCGUUACGAGUUGAUCGAUAUCCUUCGACAGAACGGAAUGAGGACACCGAACGUUGACAAGCAGGACGCAGCUCUAUCCGGUAAAAAAGGGAGGGUGAUGGAGCGUCGCCUCCAGAAAGACUUCCAGAUAGGAAUCGUCGAGGGAAUCGUGGCAGCUGCGAUACAGAACGAGAAGGAGCCGAAGGACGUGUUCAGUCAGAUAGCCCGGGCGAUUGGCAAGCGGGCGAGCGGAAGCGGUAGCAAGAAGGAUUGGAACGCGGUCGUGAGGAAGAACACAUUGGCUCGUGAUCCGAUAGGCAGCAGGAGCGAGGCGUUGGUCCGCCAGACCCGAAGGAGUCUCCGAAGACAGCAGAUGUUGGCGUCGAAUUCGGACCUGGCGUCUUGCGAUCCGGAACGCUUGGUCGAGUACAAUCCGAAUUUGUCUGUCGUUUCGCCUACCACGAGAAUCGCUUACGCCAAGUUCAUCAUGGGCCGCGCGAAGCUGAUGGAGGAUGCGGAAGGAGCCGAAGGAUCAGGCGGCAACGGGGGUGAGCAGAAAACUGCAUCGAGAGGCUCGAGCACCAAAGUCGUCGUCUCCGGGGAGCCGCCUGCCGGCCGGGCUCCGGUCUCGGCGACCCCCUCGUUCAGCGACUCGAUCAAAAAAGGCUUGCUGAAAAGUAUGAGCACGGCAGGAGGCAGCCAGGAGAAGCAGGCUGGCCUCGACCCCAAACAGCCGGCGAACAGGGCGCCCUCGCCGAUCCCGGAGGACCCUCGAGAGGACGAAUCCAAGGCGAAGGCAUCGAAAUCCGGCCCAAAACCAACGGAGAAUCCGAGUCAAGCGAGCGCCCAGAAGAGCAAAGAUUCCGGUGCUGGUGAACCGGGCCAGGCUCAAGAACCCAAGAAGGACGACGGGCCGGAGCCUCCAGAAGGAAACACGCAGGACGAAGCCAAGGACCAAGAAGAAUCGGGAAAUAAAGAACCUGCCAAAGAGGAAGGAAAAGAAGAGAAAAAGGAGGAGAAACCGAAGAAGGAACCUGCACCCCCGAGGCCUGGACCAUCGGCUAAACCCCCGGAACCUGUCAGCACUACCAAACUCAGAGGAAAAUCAAAAGCCACUGGAAAAGUCAUGGGCGGAUGGCUAUAAAUUUCACGCGUUUGUGCCAAAUAUUGUUGAAUCUUAUUAUUUUACGUGAAAUAUAUAUACACGAUGCGUGGAUCUUAAGAA